UGCACAUUACCGGACCACUGAGAAGCAAAGCAGAGUUUGGCAUUCAACCCAGGCAGCUUGAUGAGUUAUUGUCACUGUAUGUGGUGCUGCUACAGUAGACCCUAGAAAUACAAAUAGAGAGAAAGGACACACAGCAGGUGAAGCUUCGAGGGUGCAGCGCAGAUGGCACUGAGAUUUCGCUCGCUUAUCCCCUACACGUUGCCUGGCGUGCUGGCCCUGAUUGGCUGGUGGUGGUACGUCUCUCGCAAGAAAGGGCGAAUCAGCAGUCACGACACGGAGGAUGGGGUCAGCCUUGAGCUGCCGGAGCAGAGCGCCGUCACGACUGGAGCUACAGCUUCCGCUGAAGACAGCAACAGAAUCCUAGAGGAAAGAAACUUAACUCCAACUGCUGCUGCUGAAGCCAACACAGACUUCGAAAGGAAAAAACUAAAACAGAACAAAGAGAAACGACAAGAAAAAAAAGCAGCAGCGGCGGCAGCCAAACAAGAAGUAGCAGUAGAGAUUCACAUGCCAGUGUCUGCGUCUGCAAUGGAAAGGCUGGCACAGACCUUGCCAGUAGAAACGCUCAGAAUGGACGCAACCUCAACCUGCAGCAGCUCGCUUGCUGAACUCGACACCGGAACGCCAGAAGCAGCGCUGGUGGCGAUACUGGCUUCCAAAGAGGGGUGCAUUGUGACAUCAUGUGCACAAGAGCCUUCCGUCCUCCAUCCACGGAAUACUGAGGAGGGCGCACCCACAUCGCUGAGACCAGUGGGAGCUGAAGAAGCUUUCCUCUUGACUGAGGAGCUGCAAUGUUCUGACGCUCCGCUGUUGGAAGAGUCCGUAGUGGUGCCUGCCGCUGCCGCCACCACGGCGAACGUGAUCCUCUCCUCAGUGGAGGCCAGCGAAAACAAACAGAAGGAAAUGGAGGAGGUGCUGCAGUUGGUGGCAGCAACAGCAUUUGAAGUUCUAGAAACCAAGGCAGUCUCCUCUGACGCCCGGCUGACUGAAGCGGUAAGGCCCGAGCCAGAAGGAGAAGUAGCGGCGGACAAAAUCUCGGUGCCUUUUACAGAGAAGAAACAACAGGCAGCAGCUGUAAAAGCUACAGAAAGCAGCCCCAGCCGUCCGCUCUCCAAAGAUGAAACGUCUACAGCAACAGAAGAAGCAGAAAACUGCAAAACUAAAUCAGGCAGUCGGGAGCCUCUCUGCUCAGAAAUACACCCCUCCUCCUCCUGCUGCCUCGCAGCUACACCCCCACCGGAGGAGACCCCCAAUCACAGGAUAGGGAAACCGCUGGAGAACGGCCUAUCGGAAGGCGCAGCGGGAAACAUGGAAGAAAUCGAGAGUCUGGCUGCCGGUUUAAUUUCAGAGGUCAUAAUGGCAGCGAAGCAGGAAGUGCUUACCGUCAGUCAGUGUGAAGAAGUAGUAACUGUGGAGCAGAGAGGAAAUGUGAAAGCAGAACACAGAGGAAGCAGCAUCAGCCUCUCGAACGGGAGAGCGUGUGCGGUACGAGACCAAGAGAAGACGGAAAGCAGACAGACGUCGAAGGCGGCGGUGGUUCAGUCCAGCACGAAGAUGGCGACGUCAACCCAGACGAAAGGCGGAGGAGACGGCCAAGCCAAAGCAAACACUGCGGAGGAGGAACACACGGCUGAAGUCCAAGUGCAGACCUGCCUGGUGUUGAACGGAUGUCUGCCGACCAUGUGGGAGAAGAGGCAAGAGAGCGGACGGAGAAGAGCGAGCGAGCAGAGCGUGUCGCUGGAGGCGACGCACCGACUCGUGGCGGAGACUGUCGCUGGAGCAGAGGAUUCUGGGUGCAGCACCUGCCAGUCAGAGGACGGCAUCAGCAGCGAGGACCUGCUGCAGAGCACAGGGCUGUCCGGCACGCUGCCCGAGCGUAAGGCGGACAUGCUGGGUGUGUCGAACAUCGAGGGAGUGUCUGAGUCAGGAGAGUCUGCCUCAGAAGUGGCUCAGGGAAUGGAGAGCACGGAGUGUGGGAAUGGGGGACUCGACGGCAGCGCUGCCAGCUUGAGGAACGAGAGCCGCUGGGCAACUGACACGGAAGCAGAUCAUUCUGGAGGUUCUGAUGUGAACAGCAUGGACUCUGUAGACAGCGGGUGUACGCUGGGAGGAGAGACCCCUCGAACCAGCAGCCAGCAGUCACUGCAGCUGCUUAAAUCGGAGCUCACCAUCUGGGAAAUUGAGGUGCCAAAGCAUCUUGUUGGGCGAUUAAUUGGAAAACAGGGACGAUACGUGAGCUUCCUGAAGCAAAACUCUGGUGCCAAGAUCUACAUUUCAACCCUGCCUUAUACACAGGAGUUUCAGAUCUGUCACAUAGAGGGGUCUCAGCCGCAGGUGGAUAAAGCACUGGGGCUCAUAGGAAAGAAGUUUAAAGAACUGGACCUCACCAACCUCUACGCCCCUCCGCCUCUCCCCCUGCCAUCUCUGCCAAUGACUUCCUGGCUCUUGCUCCCAGAUGGAGUGUCUGUGGAGGUGAUCGUGGUGAAUAUCAUGACGGCGGGUCACAUGUUUGUGCAGCAGAACACGCACCCCACGUUCCAUGCCCUGCGCAGCCUCGACCAGCAGAUGUUCCUGUGCUACGCGCAGCCCGGCGUGCCCGCUCUGCCCUCGCAGGUCGAAGUCGGAGUGAUCUGUGCCGCGCCUGCCGUCGAGGGAGCCUGGUGGCGAGCUCAGGUGAUUAACUUUUACAAAGACUCCAGCGAGGUGGAGAUCAGAUACGUGGACUACGGGGGCUACGAAAGGGUGAAGAUCGAUGCGCUCCGGCAAAUCAGAUCUGAUUUUGUGACACUACCGUUCCAAGGAGCUGAAGUCCUGUUGGAUAACGUGGUGCCCCUUCCAGGUGAGGACAGGUUUCCCAGUGAAGCCGACUCCGUUCUUGAAGAGAUGACCCGCGGUGCAGCUCUCCUAGCGCAGGUUACGAACUACGACAGGAACACCGGCCUGCCUUUAAUACAGCUGUGGAACAUGGUCGGAGACGAGCUGGUGUCAAUAAACCGGGUUCUUGUGGAGAGAGGGUUUGGCUCGUGGGUCGACAACUUCUAACCAAUCCUGGGAACCACUCCCCCCCCACCCCCCUUCUCUUUUUGCACUGCACACUGGGGUUAGGCUUGGCAGUAAAGAUGGAUUUAACAAAGUCAUAAAUGAACUGUCCUUGAAUAUAAUAAGAUGUCCAUUUCUAUAUAGAUAUUUAUAUGUGGUACUUUUUUGAAGUGGUUUAUUUUUUAUUUUUUGUUUUUGUUUCCUCCUGCAUUGUAUUCUGCAUACAGCCCUGUUUGAUUCCUUUUGAGAGUUUGUAUGCAGGCUGUCCAGUCACAAUGCAUCGUGGGGGAGGGGGGGUGAAUAUCACUGCUUUGUCCCAAGCCCAGGAUAAGCACUUCUAUUCCUCUUGAGUAAAAUAAAUAGUCCUGGCUGAGCAGACCCUUGACCAUUUAAGGAGUUUGCUUUCAGAGGGCAUUCUGUCUGAACCCGUGUUCGUGGGCAUUUCAGCAUGCUGGGUGUGAAGCACUAAGAGCAGAUCUGGGACUGCAUUCCCAGAGACACUUUAAUGGGGUUUUUUUUUUUUUUUUUUUAUAAUAUAACAAUGUACAAACCUGUAAAGAAAAAUCACUGCUUUACAUGUCUUGCUUUGUGUGUGAACUUGUGUAUCAUUCUGUGUUUUGGAAGAUAUUCAUUAAAGUAAUCAGUUCAUUUGUAGCUGCACACGCAACAAAAACUGAUGCCAAGGAACGGUAGCCUCUUUGCUCGAAUGUAGAACUGUGUCCUGUCAUGCUGGCUUGAUGAUGGAGGGGAGGAUCUUCCCUCUAGCCGGUGUGUUCUGCUCAGUAUCGUGCAGAAAAGGCGGCUGUUUGAGGACAUGUUGUUUUUUUUUUUGGCAGCCUCUUGUACAUUUCAAAACCUGAACAAGGGGAGAAGCUUGUUGUCUGAACUGGCCUCAUCUCGUGGGUGGUUUUGUGUUUUGUUGUUAAACUGUGGCCUUUUGAAUUAGAGAAUGUGUGCUCUGGUACGUUUUUAGAGUGGCCGGUCGCUUCAGCUCGGACCGCUCGAUUUGGAUAAAUCCUGCCAGUGUACUUUUCAUCAGGGAUCGCUUGUCCUUCUGAACUACAACUAAUGCAAGUGUAUGGGAGCGUUUCAGAUCGGUGCGUGAUCCGUGGAACAAGCCCUCAUAAUAAUAAUGCUACUGCUUUCUGAUCGAAGGAUAAUGUCUUGAUUCUGGGUCAAACAGUCGGCAUCACAAAGACUCUCGAAUGCAGAUGGGUCCAAACAAGUAAACUUCUCUGCUUGGUCGCUACAGCAGGCACCAGACAGAGGUGUGCAAAGGCUACAGCGUGCAGUUCAGAAACCCAAACCCUAUUCAUAGAGAAUGUUUAUCCACAGAUGCUGUGUGUAUCCAUCCUGUUUUAUUAUGGGGAUGCUGUUUCUGAAGCCAAGUCUACACUAUUGUAAUAAUUAAAUACUGACUGCUGAUGCUAACUAAACUGUUAAUAGCUGUACAGUAUGUUUCAGGAAAGAGUGUCUUCAGAGUACUUGUUUUUUCCCCCAACCCUAAAAUAACUGUAAUACCGGCAGAACCGUCCACAUUGAGCAGCAAUACCUACCCAUUGUGCUGCUGGGGUCCUGCAGUAACACUGAAACCCUGCAGCUGUUGUGAGGCUGUGUUUUUGUUACUCCUUGUUCUCGUCUCUCAUUGGUCUUUCCAGCCCCAGCCCUUCGUGCCCACCUUCACUCAGGUUUCAGCUGAGAGCACAGCUUUUAAACACACGCUGCUUUCCGGGGCACCACAUCCAGCACUCACCAAACAGCAUCUGGGGCUUUUUGUUUGAAAUGUGUGCAUCAAACCACAGUUGGAAGUAAUAAAAACGAGGGCAUGGCGGAGAGAGAACCCGGGGGUCUGUGUGGAGAACUCUUCCCGGCUUUCAUAUCAUACCAAUGUGCUAAACUGUUUGCUCUGAAAUGUAACUUUUUUUUUUUUCUUGGUUCGUGGCUGUUUGUAAAUUUAAUAAAUACUGUACAUGUGCACUGUGCACUCACUACAGCGUGUCAUUCGCAUCUCUUCAGUUUUGUGCUGGAGCUGCCUGGGUCCUCUCUGUCUCUCUCUCUGUGUCUGGUUGCAGUGGGGUGUGGUCCAUGCUUUACACAGAGCAGCCCUGCCUUGUGUGAACAGUAACCCUGCUGUAGUUCCUUACACAUCACCCAACCCCUUUUCCAAGCCCUCCAGUUUGUUUACCAAGCUCACCUGGGGCUGAAAGGAAAAUCCUGCCCUGUUACAGAAGGGAAUUCCGGUUCUGUGAGCAGGUCGGGGUUGCCAGGAAACACGAGAAGUCAAGCAUGUAACAAUGGAACACGUUCCCUUUAAAGGAGAUGAAAGGUUUAUUCUGCGGAUCUGCACAGGGCAAAGCUGUUGCUGCAGUACACGUAUUGAAAAUGUUUUUAUAUAGCGCUGGACUUUUUCUCUCUCGCCUUUCUGCUUAUCAUAAUCAGUUAAACUCCUCACUGUCCCUUCUUUUUACUGAUCUUGCUAUACAAAUCUACUGUACAUUUGUUUUUGUGUAUAAAAUUAUUCUCAUUUAAUCUCUGACAAGCCUAACUGCCAACUCCACCCCUGUGCAGAUCUAUCUGUAAAUGUAAUACUUGUGUACUUUUUGUAUAACAGUGGGUGGGGAAAACACAAAGAACAAAUAAAACAAACAAGGGACUGACAUUAUUUUUGUUUUGUUUUUCAAAGUCCAGCCCAUGUACUGUUUAGGUAGGAACAGUUCGAUGUGUUUCACUUGGAUCUGAUCUGGUAAAUAAAAACAACUGAAUUUCAUCCGUAUUUCAAAUGAAAAUUAAACAAUAAGACUUAGACAGAGCUGCUGCGUUUAUUUAAUUUUUUUCUAAACUCAUGUAUGGUUUGAAUUGUAUUAAAUCUCCCUGGUUGUACAGAUAUACAAAAUAAUAAAAAAAAAAAACAACUAUUAAAAA